AUGAUAAAUUUGCAAGUUGACGAAGCAACUAGCUCAUUAUUAGGCAAUGGCAAGAAAACCACACAAACUAGUCACUUUCUGUGUUGUUUGCGACGUUCAUGUAUUGGCAAAGCAGGUCGGGCUCGUUUGGCUGUUAGAUUUUUUAUUGGAGUUUUAGUCACGGUUGUUUAUACAGUGUUGGUGAUUUUUGUGGUUGACUAUGUGAAGACACCGUGGUUCGGUUCGAAUCUGUUGAAUAACACGUAUGCAUGUCAUGAUACUAUUAGUUGUGAACAGCGCCUACAACACAAAGAAGACAAACUAGAAUCAAAUAAUUCAUCAACGACAUCACCAAAUUAUGUAUUCUUUAGUUCAUUAUACAACGAGAAUUAUCUGGAAGGCGCACUGACAUUAGGAUACACAAUAAGGAAACACCAUCCAAAUCAUCAGAUGCAUGUGAUCUAUUUCCCCGAAAAUUUAUCCAAAGCAUCACUCUGUAAACUUCGUGCUGUUGAUUGGAUACCACGUGCUGUUGAACGGCUCCCACCUCCGUGGGAGGGAGGUUCGGCGCACUUCGCAGAUCAAUUCACAAAAUUAAAAUUGUGGUCGUAUGCAGAGUUUGACGGGAUCGCGUAUAUCGAUUCGGAUGCGUUGGUGGUACAUCCAUUGGAUAAAGCAUUCGAGUUGAUUAAGGAUGGUGCAACAGGAUUUGAGUUCGCUGCCGCGCCCGAUGUUUUUGAAGGGACGAUUGAUGUUGGGUUUAAUGCUGGAUUUAUGGCGUUCAAACCUAGUAAGAUUGUGUAUGAUGAGAUAAUGCGUACUCAUACAAUACGUGGCAACUAUGACAUUAGAUUUGCCGAGCAAGGUUUUCUCAAUGAAUUCUAUCGAUUCAGAAUGAUCACACUACCCAUCACCUACAAUUUCAACCUAUCAAUACUCAAGAGGCAUCGACAUCUCUGGAAGCUACUAUUUGACGAGAUAAAAGUGAUACAUUACACAGUAAUAAAACCAUUCAUGGAGCCAUCGUCGCCACGACUGUUUAGUGAGCCUUAUGCGUUCUGGUUUAAAGAGAAUGAUGCGAUGCAUAAAAAGUUUGAUGAUAAGUUCCGAGAGUGCGACGAAAAGGAAAAGGAUGAAGAGAAGUGA